CUUUCCUAUCAAAAUCUCCUUCUCUCUCUCUCUGUUUUAGGGUUUUGUAUCGAUUCUUGUUAUUUAGGGUUUUCUCAUCCCUUUCAAUUCCCAAUUCUGGAUCUCUAGGGUUUUCUAAUCUCUCGGGUUCUCUAGUACUUCGAUUUCACUUUUUGAUUUCAGCGUCUUCCUUUUGGGUUUUCUCAGAUCUCUCAAUCUUAAACUAAGCGAUUGUUCAAUUUAGGGCGUUUUUCCUUCUAUCUAAGCUUUAGUUUUCAAGAAUGCCUCCGAAAUCGACGAAGCGUGGGUCCGCGUCAAGCGCCUCAAAGAGGGGUGGCAGAGGGGGCAGGGGAAUCUCGAAGGGUGCGCAUAGCCAGCAGCACCAUGAAGCUGCGGAAGAGGUAGUGAAGGUCGAGGAGAAGCAACCCAUUGUUGUUGCUGAGGAGGAACAACCCAAGGCGAUGGAAGAAGAGCACCCUUUGGUUGAAGAGAAACAGCUUGUGGUUGAAGAGAAGGAAUCUGUUGUGGUGGUUGAGGAUAAGGCUAUUGAUAUGAAUCAAAUGGCUCCGGAGGCUGUGGAAGAAGCGUCCCAUCUUGCUAAUGGAUUGACCGCCGUGAAAAACAAUGAAGAGGAUGUUAAGGAAUCCAUAGAUGAAUAUGAGAAAGAUGAACGCUUAGAUUUGGAGGAUAAUGAUCCCGAGUAUGAAGCUGAGGAGUAUGGUGGAGUUGAUUAUGAUGAGAAGGAAAUUGAACAAGAUGAGGGUCAUGAGGUGGGCAAUGAAGUAGAGGAAGAAGAGGCUGAGGAUAAUUUAGGAGAAGAAGAGGGUGAUACAGGUGAGGAAGAGGUUGAAGAUGUUCAUGACGAACUUGAGGGUGAGGAGGAGCAUGAGCAUACUGGUGAGGAGCAUGAGCACCCUGACUUUGCUGAUGUGGAUGAAGAGGAACAUCGAGAAGUUGUGAAAGAGAGGCGGAAGCGGAAAGAGUUUGAAGUUUUUGUUGGUGGCUUGGACAAGGAUGCUACUGAGAGUGAUCUGAGGAAGGUUUUUGGUGAAGUUGGGAUUGUUACAGAGGUCAGGUUGAUGAUGAAUCCUCAGACUAAAAAGAACAAGGGAUUUGCAUUCUUGCGUUUUGAAACUGUGGAACAAGCUAAACGAGCUGUGUCAGAGCUCAGAAAUCCUGUGAUUAAUGGCAAACAAUGUGGUGUUACUCCUAGUCAGGACAGUGAUACACUCUAUUUGGGGAAUAUAUGCAAGACAUGGACAAAGGAAGCUUUAAAAGAGAAGCUGAAACAUUAUGGAGUUACAAAUGUUGAGGAUUUGACCUUGGUAGAAGAUACUAAUGAUGAAGGAAAGAACCGUGGGUUUGCAUUUUUAGAAUUUUCUUCUCGUUCUGAUGCUAUGGAUGCCUUUAAGCGGUUGCAGAAGAGGGAUGUAGUAUUUGGAGUUGAUAAGCCUGCAAAAGUUUCUUUUGCAGAUUCUUUUAUUGACCCGGGUGAUGAAAUUAUGGCACAGGUUAAAACUGUGUUUAUUGAUGCAUUACCUCCUUCAUGGGAUGAAGAUUAUGUUCGUGAUCUUCUCAAGAAAUAUGGAGAGAUUGAAAAGAUUGAGCUAGCCAGGAACAUGCCAGCUGCACGUAGGAAGGAUUAUGGGUUUGUUACAUUUGGCACACAUGAUGCUGCUGUAAAAUGUGCUGAUAGUAUUACUGGCACUGAGUUGGGUGAAGGAGACAAGAAGGCAAAGGUUAGAGCAAGGUUGUCAAGACCACUUCAGAGAGGUCGUGGAAAACAUAUUAGUCGUGGUGACUAUCGUUCUGGUCGAGGAUCUGGAAUGAUGACGAGGCCUUCAUGGAGCCGACCUGCUCCUCGUACUUUUACUCGUGGUGCAAGAGGAGUUGGAAGUCGUGCUCCACCUGCCAGACCAGUUAGUGUGAGAGAUAGACGCCCUAUCAUGUCCAUACCUUCAAGAAGUAGGCCAGUUCCUCCUCCAUCUAGAUCUUAUGAUAGGAGACCAGUUGCACCUGCAUAUCCAAAAAGUAGCAUGAAGAGAGAUUAUAGUCGGCGAGAGGAUAUACCACCUCCAAGAAGUAGAGUUCCUGUAGAUUAUGGCUCAAGGGUUGCUUCUGAAAGAAGACCAUCUUACAGGGAUUAUCCUGCCCGUGGUCCUGGUCCUGGCUACUCUGAGCUCCCUAGAAGCACAUCUCGGGCUGCACCGAGGAGGGGCUAUGUGGAUGAGGGAUAUAGCCAAAGAUUUGAGAGGCCUCCACCUCCACCUCCUCCCCAUAUAAGCUACCGUGAAGGACGUCCCCGAGAUUAUGAUACUCUGUCUGGCUCAAAACGUUCUUAUGCUGCUAUAGAUGAUGUUCCUCCUCGGUAUGCUGAUACUGGUGCUCGCCAAUCAAGAGCUCGAUUGGACUAUGACUAUGGUGGUAGUGCUUCACAGUAUGGAGAUGCUUAUGGUGAUAGACUUGGAAGAUCCAGUAUGGGAUAUGGUGGUAGCAGCAGAAGCUCUAUGUCUAGUCAAGAUUCACAUGGGAUGUAUAGCAGUCGACAGGGCAUGAGUUAUGGAGGUUCUUUUACUGGUGGUGAUGUUGGUGGCUUGUACUCAUCAAGUUAUGGCAGUGAUUACAUUUCCCGAGGAAGUGAUGUUGGUGGCAGCUCAUAUUCGUCAGUGUAUUCAAGCAGGGGCGUGGGUGGUGGUGGCAGUUAUAUGGGUGGUGGAGGAUCAGGCUCUUAUUAUUGAGGUAAGUCAUAUGAUAAAUUAUCGGGAUUGCAUUUUACAGACUAUAUCAGGAUGCUUCCAAUAUAAGUGAAUUUUUUUUGAGAGAUUUCCCUAUCCCCGAAAUAGCAUCUCUAACUUUUUCCCAAGGGCUGGUGAAGGUUGCACGCUGUGGUUACCAGUGAAUUUAUCCAUGAACAGAUCUGAUAUAAUAAAGUGGCUGCUGUAGGAUGACCGUUGAAGCUUAUGCGCAUUGUGAUGCCUACAAAUUUGGAGACAAAGGAACAUUGCUAUUUAUAGCCUUUUUUUGGAAUUCAUCGCAAAAUCUAGCUCUUGUCAAUUCAAGCUAUCUUGGGUCGUCACUGGAUGGAUGUAUUAUCAGUAAUUCAAUUUGUGCUGUAUGGACUGAAGUUAAUUAGAGAUGGAAAAAGUAUUGAGCAGUGAUGUGUAAUUAAACCCUGAUUUAUGAAAUCGUACUUGGAUGGAUACUAUGACAGAUUUACCCACAGCUCCAUCUUCCUUUUCAUUUGGACUGAGACCAGGAUAGAGAUUCUACUUGUUAGAUUAAGGCUUCAUGGAUUUUUACCUGCUGAAUUUAUCAAUAAGUUGGUUCUUUAUUUUGAAUCUCUAAAGAGAUGUUUAGUUACUAUGGAUGGGUUACUUGUUUUUGCCGUGAUUUGAUCAGAACAGAAGUGAACUAAUUAGUGCUUUGUUGAGCUAGUAGUAAUAGGAGCGCUUCUUCAGCAAUUAAUGAAGUCAAAUAAUUAGUUUAUUGGGUUUUAUUUGACUUGGUGUCAUCCUAAGAUAGUAAAAGCAUAUUGCACAAGUAAUAUUUGUUGCUGCUAUGAUUUGAUGCUUUUGAGGUUUUUGGGCUGAGGGGAACUUCAGGACAAUGCUAAAGAUGCAUUGAUAUCUUUCCUUAGUUAACUUCAUUGAUUUCCAUAAAUCAUUUGUACACUGACAUGGACCUCAGAAGAUUAAUUGCCUUUGCAAUAUCUUGGGGAAAUGCUACAAUCAAGAGAUUAAUAGAGUAGCAGAUGAGGGUUGAGAAUCACCUGUUACUGAGUUUCUGAAGUGGAAUUAAUUAUUAAGGCAGGUUCAUUAUGCACCUCUGGUUGUUACAUCCUUCCUGCUUAAUUGUAGCUAUAAACCCUAUCCCUAUGGCAAAAGUUGGCAAAGUUUAUGAUUUGGUUUUGAUAUUGUUCUAUGUUUAAGACUUUAAGUGGGUGUUUCCAAUUUCAUACCCUGUUAGUAUGGAGUUUCAAAAACUACUUUUGUUAAGGUUCUGAAGGAACUGAAGCCAUUGCCUACGGAAUGGGGUAUUGCCUAAGUAUGUUUUAUUUGUGAGUUCGUUCGUUUAAGACUUCAAACCUUGUUAGGAUUUGCGUUUUGGUAAUUUAGAUGAUUUUUGGUAUAAUUUUGUUAGGAUUUGAGUUUUGAUAAAUCAGAUGAGUUAUCGUACAAUUUGCUAUUACAGAUAAACAUGAAUUUCUAUUAUCGUAUGAAUAUUCUGAAGGGUCAACUCUAGAAUUGUUAAGCUUCGGUUGUUAGGUGUCUACUUCAGUUUCUAUUGCUCUCACAUAGUGACUUCUUACAUUUAAUUAUUCUUCAAUUGGGUGAGUGAGGAUGGUUAUCUGCUAACCUAAGUUUUAGUUUCCAGUUUGUUCUCUUUCUCUCAGUGCAGGGUCUGAGAUCUCUUCAAGCCCCGUUUGGUCACACUCUAUGCAUAUAUGGCACCCUUUUUUUUUUUUAAUUUUGGUUUGAUAUCUUCUUAUAUUUAGUUGGACACUGUCACAGGUUUUUGUAUAUCAAUGUUUUUUUCGAUUGCUCAUGCA